UUUUCCAAGUGAAGGUGAAGAUUUGCAAACGGAGUUGCAAAGAAGAUUUUUUUUUUUAUCCAUCGAGAGAAUUUUUUAUUCUUGGAGAUGGAGCUCGCCAAUGGAAACUACUCGCUGCAUCAGGUGGAAAAACCCUGUUCUGGAAAUUUAUUAGAACCACCAAUAGAUUUAGAAGCAGCUUUGAAGGAAUGCUCCAGCGCCCUCGAUCUCUUCCUAAACAACAAGUUUUCAGAUGCCUUAGCUCUUUUAGCACCCUGGAAAAGCCAGAGCAUGUACCACGCGAUGGGCUACAGCAGCAUGCUCGUAAUGCAGGCGGGCAUGACCUUUGACCCGAAGGACAUGAACGCUGCGAUGGAGUCACUCAGCGACGCGCUUCUGACAUGCCAGAGGUUUAGAAAGAAAACAGGAAUAAUGGAGACUCUGGUCAAUUUGUGGCACAGGCAAUCACCUGAAAGUCUGACAGAAGAGGAAAUGCACGCUGAGCUCUGCUACGCCGAAGUGCUGCUGCAGAAGGCAGCGCUCACGUUCCUCGACGAGAGCAUCAUCGGGUUCAUCAAGGGAGGCAUGAGGAUCAGGAACAGCUAUCAGAUUUUCAAGGAGUGUCAAGCGCUGGUGCAAGGCAGCACGGAAAUGGAGAAGACGAGCAUGUAUGUUCACUUUAAGGGCGGAGUCAGCAUGGGCAUUGGAUCUUUUAAUCUGAUGCUAUCUCUCUUACCAGCUAGAAUCCUCAAACUGAUGGAGUUUUUGGGUUUCUCAGGGGACAGGGAGGUGGGUUUGUCUGAGUUGCGAGCGGGCGCCUCCAGCGACAGCCUGCGCUCUAUUCUCAGCACUUUGACUCUGCUCAUGUUUCACCUCUACAUCUCUGUCAUUCUGGGAUCUGGCGACGUGGAUCUCAGUGAGGCCGAGGCUCUGCUGGAGCCUUACGCUAACAGGUUCCCGAAUGGGGCUCUCAUGCUUUUCUACGUUGCAAGAAUUUCCCUGCUCAAGGGAAACAUCACAUUUGCUGAGGAAAAGUUCCACGCUUGCAUCGCCGCUCAGCAUGAGUGGCGCCAGAUUCACCACCUGUGCUACUGGGAGCUCAUGUGGGCUUACUCCUUUGAGCAGAAUUGGCGGGAAGCGUACCACUAUGCCGAUCUGCUCUGCAAGGAGAGCAAAUGGUCACAGGCCGUCUACAUGUUCCAGAAAGCGUCCAUACUGAGCAUGCUCCCGGAGGAGGAAGUCAAGAAACUGGGUGAAAAUGUGGAGGAUUUAUUUAGGGAGGUGGACGGUCUGCGGCUGAGGUUGGCCGGAAAGUCCAUUCCGACUGAGAAGUUUGCGGCCAAGAAGGCUCAACGCUACGUCUCCUCCAAACCAGUCAAGCUGGUCGUCCCAGCUUUGGAAAUGAUGUACGUGUGGAACGGCUUCACCAUUGUUGGCAAAAGAGCCGACUUGACGGAAAACAUCUUGGCUACGUUGGAGAAAGCGGAGGAGGAAAUCAAGUAUAGUUCAAGCCCGUCAGACUACCACCUGGACGACCAGUGUGUGAUUCAGUUGCUCAAGGGCUUGUGUCUGAGGCAGUUGGGGCAACUCGACCAGGCGGAGGUCUGCUUCAACCGCGUCCUAUCCAGCGAAAGCGACCUGAAGCACGACAACUACCUGGUGCCGUUUACCAUGUACGAGAUGGGCCUCCUGCACAAGCAGAGGGGCGACAUGGAAAAGGCCAUUUUUGUGCUUGAAAGCGCCAAGCUGAACUACAAAGACUACAGCAUGGAGUCUCGUCUCCACUUCCGCAUCCACGCCGUGCUCAACAGCAUAGAAUCCUUUGAGGCCAAGAUGCCACCUUCACGCAUGGCGGCGUGAACGACUUCAUGACCGACCGCACUCUCUAUUAUCGAGCACUCCUCCAACCUCAUGACUGGCCCCCCAGGACAUCUUUUUACGAUGCUUCUGUAAAUGCGUCACUGUGUCUUCUGUAAUAUUCUUCUACUGUUAAAGCAUUUAUACACAUAGAACAUCAACUUACAUAUAUUUGAAUUUUGUUUCUGCAACUCUGUGGAGAAAUUCUGAUAUGUUUAGGUGUUAAAAUGUUGGCAUCUAGG